AUGGCUCAUGUUACUGACACCGAAAGGGAACACUACAACUGUGAAGAUCUGGAUCUUAUCACUUCAGCUAGAGAUGCCAUUAGUGUAAUGGUGGAAUCCAUACAGAAAGACCUUAAAGAAGUUCCUUCCUUGUCAUUCAAUUGCAGCAUAUACAGAGUUCCCAAGCUGCUGCGCAAAAUAAAACCCGAAGCCUACACACCUCACAUGGUCUCCAUCGGCCCUUAUCAUCGCUACAAGAAGCACUUACAACCCAUGGAAGCACAUAAGUUGCGGUAUCUAAAUGAUCAUCUAAGCCGGGAAUCUUCUUCGCCAUCAACUUUGGCCAAUUAUGUUAAGGCUAUGACAGAAUUGGAAGACAGAACUCGGCAAUGUUACUCAGAAAUGAUUCAACUCAAAUCUGAUGAUGAAUUUGUGAAAAUGAUGUUAAUUGAUGGCUGCUUCAUUCUUGAGCUCAUUCUCAGGACUAAAUUAGAUAAGUCCAGACACCGCGGCAAUGAUCUGAUAUUGAAUGCAACAUGGUUGCUUCAUGUUAUAAAACGUGACCUAAUUCUACUAGAAAAUCAACUUCCCUUCUUUGUUCUUGAGUGUCUAUACAACCUAUUCACAAAGAAUUCUUCUGAUUCUAAUAAACUUUGUCCAGUACUCACCUUCAGUGAUCAUGCCCAUCAUUUCUUCGGAGAUUUUGUUCCUACACAACCCCAAAGCAUUAACCACGAAAGUCUUCAAUGUCGUCCACGGUUUUUUGAUGUAGCCAAGAAGAAUGUCUCUGAUUUUUUCUGUGUCACAAGGAAGAAAGAUCAAGUAAAGUUAAGACACUUUAGUGUAAUCGUAACAAAUCAAGAGUUUGCUCCUCAUCCCCUUGGGGAAGAAAAGUUAGAAGCCACUCCUGCUCCUCAUCCUCUUGGGAAAAAAAAGUUAGAAGCUACUCCUCCUCCAAAGGAUAAAGGAAUAGCAGUGGAACCAAACCAUUUGCUUGAUUUUGUACGAGAAUUGCUACUCCGAACAUCUUCAAUGACAGCACCAACGCAAGGGAGUUAUGGAAAAUUUGCAUUCACCCGUAGCGCAACAGAGCUCAAUGAGGCCAAUGUCAAGUUCAAGAAAGUCCCAACGACAUGUUUGAUGGACAUAACAUUCAGAAAUGGAGUUCUGAAAAUUCCAACCAUGAAAAUUGAAGACCGGACAGAGUUUCUGCUUCGAAAUCUCAUUGCCUUUGAGCAGUCUCAUGAUGAAUAUCCUAAUGAUAUCACAGCUUAUGCUGCCUUCAUUGACUGCCUCAUCGAUUCUCCCAAGGAUGUCGAGUUGCUUCAGGAGAAGGGAAUUAUUGACAACUUUCUUGGCCACCCAGAAGAAGUGGCUUCCUUAUUCAAUGGUCUUCUCAAAGAGGUUAUUAUAACUGAUGAUAAUUUUUAUUUCUCUGGUGUUUGCCGUGAAUUGGAGAAACAUUACAAGCUCCCAUGGCACAAAUGGAAGGCAAGUUUGAUGCUCAACUAUUUUAACACUCCAUGGACAUUCAUUUCAUUCCUUGCUGCACUAUUUCUCCUCAUAUUAACUGUGGUGCAGACCAUUUGUUCCAUCCUACAAGUGAAAUGA